CUGCCCUUAUUACUAUGUACACACAGGCUUGCGAUGGCUGUGGUCGGUGACGUACGUACGUGUGAUGCCAGCAAAGCAUGCAAAGCCACACGCGGGUCUCUUCCAGCAUCUUCCUUGGCUGCUGUCCAUGUGAAGGGGGUGAAGGAAGCGACUUGUGCUUCUUUUUUGAAACCAUUGCCCGGUACAUGUAACUCGCUGGACAAGUCUUGUCGAAAUAAGCAAGCAGACGCAAGCACGAGGCUUGUUUGCAGCAGCGAGCACAUGGCAGUUGUUGACAGCGGGGACGGGGAUGGGGGCUGUAAUAGAGGGCAGGAACGAACCUUUUGGGUCAAGUGCCGCGAGGGCGUCGACAGUCCCGAGCGCUCACCCGCUCCACUUGGCUGCUACACGUCAGAGCACUACCACCCAAACCUCUCACAACAGCGCACCUAG